CAAAAUAAUUUGGCGCAUCGAAAAUGUGGCGCUAGUUCCUCGGUGUGUCGCAGUUUGGUGACGUUUUCAGGCCGGGAUAAAGGCAUGCAAUGUCACGAAUAAACGCUUGGAGGCAGUGCAUGACAGCAAGUGUCACUUUUACUCUUCAGGGAAGUAAUUCAGAAGAACUGUUGAACUGCUGAGUUAAUUGUAUGCACUUCGUCGAUAGUUAGUGUAAUUCAGUACAGGGACAAGGUGUAAAGACUGUAGACUAGGUUACGAUGGUUCCCAACCACCGACAAACUCAUCCCCCGAACACCCCCAUAGUCCGCUCCGUAUGGCCUUUCAUAAAAAUGUACUAGUAGGCUACUAUGGAGUGCAUAACGUACCAUCAUGUAAGGUCGCCUUUGCCAACUUCUCCGUGGACAACGAAGUGCGCUCCAGCUUCAUCCAGCGGCGGCUGCGGAGCCAAGAGCGCAGGGAGAUGCAGCGGGAGAUCCUCUCCAUCCUGGGGCUGCCGCAUCGUCCGCGUCCGCACGUCCACACCAAACACAACGCUGCCCCGAUGUUCAUGCUGGACCUGUACAAUACCAUCUCUACAGACGCACAGCCGCCCGGAUACUCUUACUACAAGUCCGUUUUACCGACCCAAGUCUCCCCCGUGGUGACCCCACAGGACAGCCGCUUCCUAGAUGACGCAGACAUGGUGAUGAGUUUUGUCAAUCUUGUUGAUCAGGAUCAGGAUCUAUUGUACCAGCAGCACAGAAGAGAAUUUCGAUUUGACCUUUCCCGUAUUCCAGAGGGAGAGGCCGUCACAGCAGCAGAGUUUAGGAUUUUUAAAGAUUUCAUCCAGGAACGCUACGAGAAUGAGACGUUCAGAGUCAGUGUAUACCAGGUCCUGCAGGAGCCUCCAGACAGUGAAGUGGAGCUCUUGCUGCUGUACCAACGAGAAGUGUGGGCUGCAGAGGAGGGCUGGCUGGUCUUUGACCUGACCGGCACCAGUAAUCUCUGGUUGGUCAACCCUGAGCAGAACCUUGGCCUGCACCUGGUCCUGGAAGACAGCCACGGCCAGAGGAGGAACCCCCGGCUGGCGGGGAUGGUGACAGGCGGCGGACCUCAGGACAAGCAGCCCUUCAUGGUUGCCUUUUUCAAAGCCAAUGAGGUGCGCUUCCGCAGCAUCCGCUCUGCCCACAAGGGGCGCCAGUCUAACCGCUCCAAACCCCAGAAGACUGUCCAAGAUGCACUAAAGGCAGCGGAGGCUGCAACAGAUAACCUUGGCAUCACCAAAGAGGGAUGUAAAAAGCAUGAGCUGUAUGUCAGUUUCAGAGAUUUGGGAUGGCAGGACUGGAUUAUAGCUCCAGAGGGCUAUGCAGCGUACUACUGCGAGGGAGAAUGCGCCUUCCCUCUCAACUCCUACAUGAAUGCCACCAAUCACGCCAUCGUACAAACUCUGGUGCACUUUAUCAACCCGGACACGGUGCCCAAGCCCUGCUGUGCCCCUACCCAGCUCCACGGCAUCUCAGUGCUCUACUUUGACGACAGCUCCAAUGUCAUCCUCAAGAAGUACCGCAACAUGGUGGUCAGAGCCUGUGGCUGCCACUGACCGCUCGAAACCCCCUCCUGUGACUUCUGCAAUGAUGGAGGGACACUUGAAAAAAGGCAGAAGUGAAGGAACCAGAGACAAGAGAUGAUUGACUGGUUGGUCAUCAAGGAGCUUCUGCCACAGAACGAGCUUUAAUCUGGCGUACUGUUUUCCUGAGCAGCAGCUGAGCCUCCCAUGCAGGAUUAACCACUACCACAAACCAAUUAGAACCAUUGGCAACGGAGAAAGGUUGAACAAAGUUUGAGUACAAAAAGUGCACUAAAAGGACUCCGAACAAUGUUGAGUUACCUCACAUACUCAAAUAAAACAUUCAGUGCUAGAAACAGAGAAGUAAAAAGUUAUUUUCCCUAAUGUGCAGCACAUAUCUAUCUGCAUUUGAAUUCAGGCAUUGACCAUCAGGCAUCAGAAAAUAUAAAAUAUUGCCUGGGUUUAAAUCUGCAUUUGGUAACUGAUUUCACAGCUCAUAAAACUUUAAAUCUCCAUCUUCCUGUUGAACAACUGCACCUUUUGUUUUGGAACAGCUGCAUGAACUUAUGUCUGAUGAGGACUUUCUGUACUGGCGUUGAACUGGUUGUUCAGCAGGCCAUUUAAAACUGGUCAGGUGUAAAAUAUGUGGCAACUCACAUGUGUGCUGCUGAUGUAGAGGAACUCAGUGAAGAAUGACAGCUAAGAACUGUUAGCAGUGUGGGACUGAAAGGCCUGCCUAUAGUUUCCUGGUGCAGACAUACUGUAUAUCACCAGGCCUGUGAGAGGCAUGCGAUCUGCAAGAUGCCAGCAAAUCAUCUUCAUGAAUCAGGGUGUGCACCAUCGCCCCGACUUCAGCUGCCUUCUGGUGUCAGACCAGAGCUGCAGGUGGGCAAAGGAAAGCUGUA